AUGACUGCACCCGACAGCAGCGCUUUUCAGCUGUUCAGCUCCGUUCGUUAUGAUGCCGCGCUCCGGAGCGUCGCUGGCAACGUAGAGUUGAAGCAUGCUGGAUGGAACUACAGCCGGUCGUCUCCAUUCUACAUGCUAGAUUUUCACCGCGACCGCCUGCUCCGCGCAGCGACGCAUUGGGGCUGGGAAGCGGCGGUCGCGGCCGUGUCGGGAGAUGAAGGCCUACAGCGGCUCGGCGAAGUCUUGGAACAGGCCGUUGUGAACGAGAACGGAGGACCCAAUCGGUGCCGUAUCACCCUGAGCCAGGACGGUCAGAUCGGUUGUGAAGUGUCGGGCGCGACAGCAACGCCUCUCGCCGGCCUCUUCCCGCCGGAGCUCCCCGCACCGGGAUUCAUGUCAGACUCAAAUAACACGAGCAGGGACGGCUCAGAAGAUGCAUUGCCGCUUCUGCAGCAGCUUCGUUUAGCCAUGGGCCAGACGCCGUACGAGGUAACCGUGGAUGUUGAUAAGACCUCAUCGUCGCCGUACACGCACUAUAAGACGACACGGCGGCAGAUGUACGACGCAGCCCGCAUGCGCGCUGGAAUCACAGGUCCCGAGCGCAAGGAGGUGCUGCUCGUCAACUCCGACAGUGGCGUAAUUAUGGACGGCAGUAUCAGCACCGUCUACUUUUGGCGCAACGGCCGCUGGGUGACGCCGCCGGUGCCACCAAAGUACGGCAAGGAGAGCGGCAGCGGCGGUCUGGAUGGGACGACUCGGCGAUGGGCUCUAGAACGAAAACUUGCUGUAGAGGAAGAGGUCAAGGCCGAUUCACUGCAGCACGGCGAGGAGUGCUGGUUGAGCAACGGUGUUCGUGGUUAUCUCUUUGGCAAAAUCAACCUUCAGUAG